GAUCGAGAUGCACGCCGUACGUACGUACGUACUGAUCCAACUCUUCCCCGACGAGUAGCGACUGCGAGCAACCAAGCCCGAACGUUUCGUUCCUAACCUGAGUCUGUGGUGACGCGCGAUAUUGGCGACAACGAUCGGAUCGGGGUUCGAAUCGUGUGGUGGUCCCAUCACACCAGGUAGCGUUUCCAGGAGCGCCGGUUUGCCAUGAACGAGGACGUUGUGGAAAUUGAAAAUGUGGAGAAUGUCUGCAGACUCUGUCUCUCCGCGGACGAACCGAGGUCCUCGGUGUUCUCGGCACAGGAGCAGGAAGACGAUUCUGAUGUGUUACUGGUCGACAAGAUUGAAGACUGUUUGUCGAUACAGAUAUUAGCAACCGAUAAAGUAUCUACAUUGAUAUGUAAAACUUGUGUGAAAAGUGUCAAUCAGUGGCACACUUAUAAAGAGUCAUGCCUGCGCUCUCAAAACAAGUUGCAAGAAUGGUUGGCAAAGCAGCACUCAAAUCCCAUGGUUAUAACAAUCAAGGAUGAACCAAUGGACGUUGAUAACGAUGAGAAUAUAGAAAUUAUCUCAGAAGUCAUUAACAAUUCCGAACAAAUACAGUCACCAACAGAUGUUCAGAUGGUAGAAGAUGAUGGUAAAGAAACGGAUAAUAAGGAAGUGCAGAAAGUGACAGAUAAUAGUGACACAAAUAACGACAAUAAACAGGAAGAUACUGUGGAUGGAACUGUUUCGGUACGCGAGUCAGUUGAUGAAACAGUUCCAUCCACAGUUGAGGAGACUGACAAAGAUGAAAGUAAAGCAGACCCGAAAGAUUCUAUAGCUUUAUGUUCUAUUAAAACCGAGCCGCCAGACGACGAUGACGCGGAUUGCAUAGACUUAGACUCUCUGAACGACAGAGAGUUGAUGAAUUCUUUGGCCUCAAAAGAUGACACAGUUAUGGAAGCUGAUUCCACGCAAAAAUCCAAUGCCGCCCGCAUAUCGCCUAAAAAGAAGAUGCGACGUGGUCCUCAUACUCAUUACAGAGGUAUGCGUACCUUUAAACAGAAAUGCCCAUUCUGUAAGAUCUUCUUGCAUUCUAAACAAACAUACGUAAACCACAUGAAGAAAUUUCACUCUGAAAGAAAUGAUAUAUCAAAUUCAAACUCAGUAUCGCAGAACGAGGAGGAGGAGAUGGUAGAAGAUCUGGAAGACGAACUGGCCAGCAUGGAGCAGGAGUCGCCAUUGACACCCGUUCAACAGGAGAUAAUCAGUCAAUUGAAAACGUUCUCCUGCUACAGCUGCAAUCAGACGUUCAACGAUCGGCGCAGUACGCUUUUCCACAUACGCCAGCACCUGCCAGACUUGAGACCGCACACAUGCAUUGCCUGUUUGACUGAAUUUCCCGAUCGUCCAUUAUAUCAAUCGCAUUGCGGCGCGUCUUUCGAAUGCGCCAUGAAGAUUGCCCUGGUCGUGCCAACGCGCGGUCACGAGCGAUAUUUCACGUGUAACAUGUGUCUGCGCUCGCUGCAGAGCAGGAAAGAACUGCUCAGUCACUUGUCGAAACAUUCCGACAAGCAAUACGAGGAAAUGAUGUCGCCAACGCGAUCGCCGCCCAAACUUAAGCCAAUGGCACCGUUGCCAUCCGCGAAAAGCAGUUCCGAUAAGCCGCAGAAAUCCGGACCUUACAAGAACGGCGAUCCGGCGCACAAUCAUAUUUGCGAUCUCUGCGGCAUGAUUUACAGAUACCGACCCAAUUUGUUCAAGCAUAAAGAAUACUGCAAACUAUUAGACCCAGAAACUAGAAUGACAUACAAAUGCGUACACUGCCUUAUGACUUUCCUUGUGUUUAAAAAAUUCCAUUCUCACAUCACGGUUGAUCACAAAAAGAAGGAGUUCACGUGCUUCGUAUGUAACUCCAAAUUCCGAUCGCCCAGCGAUUUCCUCACCCAUCACGAGAAACAUCGCGGCACGAAGAAGCACGACGGGGCUUCGCAGAGCACGGGCCAGUUCCCGUUGAAGGAACGAAACGCUCACGAAGCGGAUCCUCAGAGCUACACUUGCGCUCUUUGCAAUCAGGAAUUUUCCACGAGAUCCGAACUGUCCAAGCACCGAAGUAUUCAUCUUAAAGUAAAAAUCUAUUCCUGUGUCAUAUGUCACAGCAUGUUCAGCAGCAUCGGCGCUUUGGAAAUCCACAUGAAAGAUCAUGGCAUUGACGAUCCGGACGAACGGAAUGCCAACAUUUCCUGCGUCGAAUAUGGCAACUUGGACGAGGAUAUGAGAAUUGAGAAAGACGUGGCAAACACCAGCAGUGUUUCUGAUCCUGGCACGCAAGUUCACAAGUGUUGCGAGUGUGGCAAGAUCAUGAACACCUAUGCCAAUCUCCGUAGACACGCCAAAAUCGCGCAUCGGAACGCAACUAUCUUCGAAUGCAUCGACUGCUCGCGAAUGUUCACGCGUAAAGAGGUGUACGAUCAGCAUAUGCAGUUGAAACACAAGAAUACCAAGACAAUGCUUCAGUGUCCUCAAUGUCCUAAGAGUUUCGUCUUCCAGUCGAAUUUUGCCUAUCACUUCCGUACCGCUCAUCUCGAGAAAUCAGAAAAUGGUUACGCUUGCAAUAUCUGCGGUAAAGUUUUUGAAGAAGAAGCGUCCUUGAAGAUACACAAAGGUUGGCACAAUCGCGCCAAUUCUCGCCUGAGCACUCAGCAUAUACUGGGCAAUCCGAAUUCUUCGAAAGAUUCCGGCGAAUCGAGCGAUAACGCGGAACGACCAGCUAGAGCCCGAAAGUCCUUCCCCAAUCCUCCGCUCCAGUCACUAACGAAAGCGUCUAAUUUUGAAUGUCAGGUAUGCAACGACCAAUUCAACAGCGUUGCGGAACUGAGAUCGCAUCUGUGGGAGGUUCAUUGCGCUCGUAGCAAAACGGAAAAAAGCUUCACCAACAACGAGCUUCAGUGUGAGCUUUGCACCAACAUUUUCCCCGAUCGGGAAACCCUGGCGUCCCACAUGCAGUGGCACAAAGCCAAUCCCAUUCUCAGCGAGGUGGGAAAGACAUUCACUUGCGACGUGUGCGGCAAACACUACAGUUCGAAGAAAGUUCUGUGGAAGCACAAAAGACUUCACAAAUCUACUGUUGUGGCCUCGAUGAAGUUCCAGUCUUUGGCUAGGAAGCCCAUGGCCAGCCAGUUUAUGUGCACGUAUUGUCGAAAGGUCUUCUCGAGCAGUCAGUCUUUGCAACGACACAAGCUUAGCUUCCACGCGCACGAGUCCCACAAUCAGCAACGCGUGCAGCAACCGGUGCAUAAAGGCCGUAAGAUCUCGAUCAAUUCGGAGGAUGAGACGAGAGCAAAGAUUCCGAGAUUGGAUAUCGACAGUGAAAAUCCUUCGAGCAGACUACCGUCAUUCUCCACGGACUUUGUUGGCGAGAAGAAAAAGUCCUUCAUGUGUCAUUUGUGCAAGAAGGUAUUCCCCAACAUGAGCGUGCUCUACAAACAUAAACAAUCGGUGCACAAGCCGCGAGCGUCGAAGGACCACUUGCCUGAGUUUAUACCGACCACGACCAAGGACGGCAAGUACUCGUGUAAUGUCUGCUACAAGAAAUUCCCCGGUCUGUCGAAUCUACGACAACACUUUACGAUUAAGCACAAAAAAAUUUCGUCUCUCGUAGUGUCUGAUCAGCCGAGAAAUCACGAGGUGACCUCCAACAAUGUCACGCACAAGACUUACGAAUCGACUCACAAUUACAUGAUAUACAGCUGCAAGCUGUGCAAGCAGUGCCACGUCUUUAACAAAGAUUCCAUUGUGAGCCAUAUCAACAAUGUGCACAACACGGUGUACGAGGCCGACAGCAAGAUGUUCCAUCGGGAGACUAAUCUAAACACCUACGUGGUGAAGGGCGCGAUCGGGUCCACCUGUCCCCAUUGCAACGUCAAAUACCCGAACAACAAGGCUUUGAAGAUACAUUACAUUAGGUAUCACGAGGACGCCGAUUGAAUUCGCUCGAUUUACUGGGCGCGAUUGUGUCAGGUGGGAGCAAGAUUUUUUCUUGACACUAUAUCUUUCACAUCUGUACGAUAUAUAUAUCUUUAAAUCAUCGAUUUUUUUCUCCGCAUUGCACUCGGAGAUUAAUGCUUGCAUUGUAUGUUCCUGAGACGAUAUUGAUAUAAAUGUUUCCAUUAAAAAAAAAAAAAGAAAAGAAAACAACAACAAAGAGUGUAAAAACACAAAACAGCAACAAAUCCUCGGUUUGAAUUUUUGUUAAGAUGCAUAACGGUUUGAGAUUGGACACAAUUCUGCGACAAAUGAGUCUCUUUAGAGACGUACAAACCAACACAUUGCUGCUGUGCAAGCGCUCAGAUCGAGCUUCAGAAUGCGACUAACACUAAAAGACGGAUAUAGAGAACGAAGAAGAAGAAGCAGAAGAAGAAGAACAGAGAGAGGUGUAUAGAGAGAAACGUUUUUUCAGAGAUACAUAUUGUUAUUUUAAGAAAGUGUUUUCAUCUCACACAAAACGAGUAUAUAAUUCUAUAUGCGGGAUUUGUAAUAGACAAUUUAUUACUGAUACAUACCUGCGGAAGAAACGGACAUAAGCGCGCGCGUGUGUGUAUGUGUGUGUGUAAAUAUCGAAAUGUAGACUCUAUACAUAGUGAUUUCAUAAAAUACGUAUGUAGUCUCUCCCGAGGUGGUCUGCGAUUAGAAGUUAUUUUAGUUGAUCAAUUCGGGUUUGCCUCUCUUCCCCAAAUCUCUAUACUCACAUGGAAAUUCUCGACUUUACUUUAUUUACCAUUUAGAUACGUUAUAUAGAUAUAUUUAGAUAUAAAGUUGUGUGUUAUUAUUAUUAUUAUUAUUAUUAUUAUUAUUAUUGUCUAUGUGUAAAUAUAUAUACGAGCGUGCGCAACUGUCGCACUUUGUUUCCUUUCCGCAGCAGAUUGACUUCUAAAGUUAGUUCGAAAAAACGGAAAAUCCCCAAAAAUGUCGAGGACGCGGCAAUUUUUUAAAUUAUAAGCAUUUGUGUAAUUAACAAAUCGGAUCAGUGUGUAUUGGAUACAAACAUUGUCGCUCAUUUUGUUAACAAGAAUGUGGUUUGAAUGAGAUUUUGCUUUUACUGACUUUAGAGAUCCGCUAUGUUUAAAGGAAAUGCGAUAGUUGCAGGACACCCUGUAUAUAUACAUGAUAUAGAAAAUGAAUUAACUUGCUUAUGCAGGAUGUUCCGUAACUGACGAUUACAAUCAGCAAAAAAGUGUAUUUAAUGUCUUUUUUUCUUUCUCUCUUUCUCUCUUUUUCACACAAAAGUGCAAAUAAAAGUUGAAUUUUGAUUAAAAUUAAUUUAAUUAAAAUUUAAAGGCGCUUCUGCAGCUAUGUUCGAAUUGUCAUGUCAGAAGAAAUUUUUUUCUCGUAUCGGAAAUGAAAUUUUCAAUUUUCUUUCUCAUAUUAAAUCGCUGUUUUUUCUCGAUUAUAACAGUUACGAGAAACAUCUUGUAUAUAAUAGUAUUGUAUUAAGUUCUCCUCGUAUAUUUUAUUAUCGUUUACCACUUUCCUGUUGUUUAGCUUCUCGAAGCCGAUUAGCACGGCCGUUGUUUCUUCGGUUCCUUAUUUCGUCACCAUUUUUCUUAACAGUAUCUUAGUCGUAGUUAGUUUUAAUUAUACACCUCUUAUUUGCAAUUUAUUAUUAGAUUUAACACACAGCAUUUUAUAUAAGCAAUAAAAACGAGAAGAAUAAUCCGGUAAGAAUAUAUUUUUUGAUAAAUUCGCUUGAGUCUGAUUGUUUAAAAUUUUUUUUUUUUUUUCUCAGACUUAGUUGAUCAUUGACAAUUAAGUGAUGAAUGCAAAUCAUAGAUGUCUUGAUGGUUAAAUGUACGGUGACCGCAACACACAUACAUAAUUCUCGAUAAAAAAAAAAAAAAAAACAUUAGUAAUUGUAAUUUUAUAAAAUUA